AUGUACAGUCACGGGACACUUUGGGAAGACCUAGGCGCAUCUAGCGGGACGCGCGUCGGCAUGGAGUGGACACGCGACAAGACCCUGGAGCUGCUUCGCGAGUAUCAACAACGGCGUGUUCUCUGGGAUUGGAACGCCCGGGGCUAUCGGGACCGCGCGAAGCGCAAGCGAGCUAUCCAGGAGCUCGCCGAGAUCCUCAGCUGCAACACCCUCGAAGUUGAAAAAAAAAUCACCAAUCUCAAGUGCCAGUAUUCCCGGGAGGUGCACAAAAUUCAGAACAGCCGCGACACCGCAACCGGCCCGGACGACGUAUACGUCUCCAAGUGGUUUGCCUUCAAAGCUAUGCAGUUUCUACAAUUUGGCACGCGUAGAUACAGCAAACGGAAGAAGAAAGUCGAGGAGGGAUCGAAACUACAAGAAGAAUACAUUGUGAGCGACAUCGAUCCGGAAAGCAUAACAUUCAUGGACUGCAAUGAAGAGACGAAUGGCUCCGGUACCGGUUCCUUCAAUGCUUCGCUAAGCGAGGACGCCGAGGAGUCCUCAUCGUCCAGUUUAAAGGCGAUGGAAUUGUAUAGUUGCUCCUUGCCGAGCCAAGACUGUUUGCCGCUCGAUCUGAACGAGGUCGAACGGAUGAGACUUGAGGUCGGCGAAACGGAUAAGAAAGAACGAAGAAAGACGAAGGAGGAGUUCGCCAAGUUUGGUGAGAGUAUUGCCGUGCAGCUCGCUGAGAUUCCCGACUCGUAUUCAAGAUCGGUUGCCAAGCUUAGGAUCAAUCAGAUUCUCUUCGAGGCAGAGAUCGGGGUUUACGCGCAAACGCGUCGCUAAUGAGCCGGUUGUGGUGAUGGAAACCAUCGACACGGAAGAUAUCGCAGGCUAAGUCAUCAUUGUCGUCGUAACAAUUCAUAGCGUGUUGUUAACGCUAUCAGCAUCACUAUCGACAAUUAUCUUUGCAACGAGCGAGACUCGCUCUUGCUUGAGGAAGGUGGUAAAAAAAAAAUUCGUCAAACGAAUGAAAAAUUAUUCGAUACGAAAGACCGAUUGAUCGUAUGUUACGAUGAGUAGAGUGCAGCGGCGAAAUAAUUAUCCGUAUAUCCCCUCUUUCCGCUUCCACGUCUCACAUAUUUCGCUUUUACAAGCUGUAAUUUUUCAAUAGAAAGAAAGAGAAAAAAGUAACGAGAGAUAUAAUUCAAAUUAUUUAAAGCAUUACGCUUAUCUUACAUUCACAUAGAAAAAUUAAAUGUGGUUAUCGCGUAUGAUGUAAAAACCAAUGCGAAUGCCUUUGAUCUUGAUAACCACGCCGCCGCAGCUAUCUUGUUAUUAACCAAAAGUGAUUCUAAAGACUGAAUCUAUGAUCAAAACUUUAUAAUGGCAAUUUUUUUAUAAGUAUUUGAAUGAAAAUAUGUCGAUAUGAACAGAUUGAUUAUUCUUUGAAAUCAAGCAACCUUCUAAGUUAAGCAUAUACAUGUACAAGCAUAUACAAAUCUCCAUUCUUCUUGUUCGAUUUUGUAUAUAAAAUGGAAAGUUCAUAAAAAAACUAGUAUUAAAUAAUGCGUUAAUGUUUGUUUUUAAAAGUUGUUUACAAUUAAACAUUAGCUUGAUCGCAUUGUCCAUUGAAUUUCACUUUCAACGUAAUAGUACUGAUGCAAAAAGAAUGCAGAACAAUUCAGAAUAAUUAGCGGGCAAAAUCUCUCGUUUUUUUUUUUUUUUUUGAUUUUUGAGAAAAGUCCUGGUGAUGUGAAUGAGAUAUGAAUGCGAAUUGAUAUGGGAUAUAUUUUAUUUGUGAUCAUUGUCAUGAUGGAAUAUUGUGUACAACGCAACUGCUAUAACUUUUUAUAAACAAAUAUUAAAUGUCGAUAACCCGAUAUAGAUAAUAAAUGUAGUUACUCUUCCCUAGCAUUAAGAUUUAAGUGUUCACGAUAAUCGAGUCAAGGAUAUAAUAGCGGUGAUUUCAGUGAUUAGUCUAUAAUGCAAUUUUAUUCCGAUAAACACUUCUAUCGAUCUUACAUCUAAAUACCGAAGUGAAUUAUUAUAUUAGCGAGUUAAACCUAUGUAUAUUCCCUCUAAUAAUAUCUGUAUUGCCGUUUCAUUAUUUAAAACAUUAAGCCCCAGUGAACUGCCCAACAUGUCCUCAUUAAUCUUGAAAUGUUCGCGCGAUAUAAACGAAAAUAAAUGUGCUCACGUAGCGUCUAUUGGUUGAAGUCCGUCAAAGAUUAAUAGCGAGUAAGUUGUAGACAUUUGAUGAAUAUGAAUAUAUUGUUAUGUCCAUAUCUUUCUCCGUUUAGAAGAUUGGAAUUUACUCACCAGAUAUAAGACAUCUUGUGCUUUUUCACAAAAUAUAUUUUAGUAAAGAUAAUUUUAACAGAGAGUUUUGUUCUUACUUAUACACCUUAAAGUUUUCAGACAUGCUUCAUUAGACUAAUUUUUCGAUUGAUACUGUCGCUAUAUUACUUUAUAUAUAUUCUUUCAGAAAAGAUGCAGUGACUUUGACUGAUGUCACAUGCUCCAUUUCUUGUUUUACAUCUUGCAAUUUAUUACACUGAUUCUGACUAUUAUUGCACUUUCUCGCUAAUCAUCUGAAC